AUGGCCUCUCCGCCAGACCCCGAAAAGGGCGCAGACCUAGAAAACGGAACGACUGGGACUGAAACUGGAACUGGAUCUACGGUGGACAACUCUGAUUACGAGAAGGCUCUACAUGAGGGAACCACAGGCGAGCCAGACAUCGACCAUGAAGAGGCAGAGCAGAUGGACCGGGGACAUUUGAAUGAUCUCGAAAGAGAACGCUCCCGCGUCUCCAUCAAGGCUGGCCCUCGAAAAGACGAGAACGACCUCUCCCACAUCAAUAUCAGAGCGAGUACGCGAAGUCGAUUAUCUCGAAUAGCUACAAACCUCACGUCGAAGAGUAAAAAGGCACGCCUGGCUCCUGCGCCUCUGCCACUUUCGGAUUUGGAUAAUGAUAUCGUGGGAUGGGAAUCGCAGGAUGAUCCGGAGAUGCCCCUCAACUUCUCGGAGAAGCGAAAGUGGCUGCUCAUCUCGCUGUUGGGAAGCAUUACAUUUAUAUCGCCUCUCGCAUCGUCAAUGUUUGCGCCGGGUGUUUCUUUCAUGAACAAAGACUUCCAUAAUACAUCGCUCAUCCUCAGUUCACUUACAGUUUCGAUCUUCGUUCUUGGGUAUGCGGUUGGGCCUCUUCUACUUGCACCACUGUCGGAGAUCUAUGGCCGAAGAUUCGUCUUGACUGGGGCAAAUGCGUUCUUCUGUGCUUGGCAAGUUGGUUGUGCUCUAGCUCCGAAUCUGUCGGCUCUCAUCGCAUUUCGUUUCCUAGCAGGUAUUGGAGGAUCCGGAUGUUUGACAAUCGGCGGUGGUGUGAUCGCGGAUCUAUUUCAUCCAGAUCGAAGAGGUCUUGCAUCAGCAGUAUACAGCAUAGGACCCUUAUUUGGUCCCGUCGUCGGACCCGUAUGCGGAGGUUUCAUUGCCCAACGAGUUGGAUGGAGAUGGGUAUUUUGGAUCUUACUCAUAUCUGGGGCAUGUGUCUCUCUUGGGAUUGAGCUCUUCAACCGCGAGACUAACCAUAGAGUAUUGAUGCAACGAAAAGUCAAGCGCCUCCAAAAGGAGCUCAACCGUCCUUCUCUCCGCAGUUGUUACGACCCUGACGGCCCAGUCCACACUCCAAGCCAAAUCCUCCUCAACGGCAUCGUCCGUCCCCUCAAAAUGCUUUUCCUCUCUCCAAUCGUUUUCCUCCUCUCCCUCUACAUGGCCGUAACCUACGGCCUCCUCUACCUCCUCUUCACAACAAUCACGCAAGUAUUCCAACAAACCUACGGCUGGGACCCCGAUAUCUGCGGCCUAGCAUACAUCGGGCUCGGCAUAGGCUUUUUCGCCGGCUUAGCGGUCGUCGCGAAAAUCUCAGACGCAACAGUAGUCCGUAUGACGAAAGCAAAUGACGGGCAAUUCGAGCCAGAGAUGCGCUUGCCAGCUUGUAUAUUCUUCGCGUGCUUCAUCCCCAUCACCUUUUUCUGGUAUGGAUGGAGCGCUGAUAAGGGAGUCCAUUGGAUCGUCCCGGUAAUCGGCCUCAUCCCCUUCGGCUUCGGCAUGAUGGGCAUCUUCAUCCCCAUCCAAACCUACACCAUCGACUCCUUCCCCACCUUCGCCGCCUCCGGCACCGCCGCCCUGACCGUCUCGCGCUCCCUCUUUGGGGCCUUCCUCCCUCUAGCCGGCCCAUCUAUGUAUGAGGCGUUAGGUCUUGGUUGGGGGAACUCCGUGCUGGGGUUUAUUGCCAUUGGGUUGAUACCCGCGCCGUUGCUGAUAUAUAGGUUUGGUGGGAAGAUUAGGAAGGAGUAUCCGGUGAGGUUGUGA